GCUUUUACCCCUCCCAUUUUGUGCCCGCUUUGCGUUCUGGACAGAGUAGCAAGCUUCUGCUCCAGUCCUCAUACAGACUCUUCAAACAGAUUGAGAAGUAUGGCAGUGACAACUCGUUUGACAUGGUUGCAAGAAAAGAGACUGCAACAUCAUUUUGGAGGAAAGCAGUUUAGCCUUCUUUACAAGGCUAGUGUCCAUGAAUUCUAUUCUAAAAACUUGUUGGAGAAAUGCUGUAACCAAGGACCCACGAUAACUGUGAUUUACAGUGAAAAUUAUGUUACUGGAGCAUAUCUGCUAGACAGUCUCCAGGAAGAAAGGGAAGUUCCUGUCAUUCUUGUUGCACUUCAAGAGACUGAGAUUUCAGAAUACAAAAUAGGAUCACAUAGACUAGAGACAUUGUUCUAUGACUUGUAUAAAGAUCCAUUUGGCUUCAGAGUUGAUAUUAAUAAGCCUCCUGCUGGAUUCUGGAUGGAUCUAGAAAAUAAAAGGGUAACUAUGAGCUCAAAAGUAAAUGAAGAACUUGGUCUACCUCAACCUUGUACUACAACCUUUCAGGAAUGUGAAGUUUUUCGAUGUGAAGAUUUAUUGGACAAAAGAAAGGAAGAAGGAGUCACUGAGCUCAAGAGGACCUUGCUGUUUGCCAUGAGUACUUAUAAGCCAUAUAAAGACAUGGUUCACCAAAUAAGAAUUCUGCUGCUGGGUCCAACUGGAGCUGGGAAAUCUAGCUUUAUCAACUCAGUGAAAUCUAUUUUUCGAGGCCAUGUGACAAAUCAGGUGCUGGUGGGCUGUGAUGCAACUGGGAUUUCUAAGAAGUACAGGACAUAUCCCAUUAAGSAUGGGAAUGAUGGCCAACGCCUGCCCUUUACUCUGUGUGACUCAGUGGGGCUGAGUGAGAAGGAAGGCCUGUGUGAGGAAGACAUAGUCUCCAUCUUGAAAGGCCAUGUUCCUGACAGAUAUCAGUUUGAUUCUAUGGAACCCAUCACAUCAAGGCAUCCUAACUAUAUUCAUUCCCCAUCACUGCAGGACAGAAUCCACUGUGUGGCAUUUGUGUUUGAUGCCAACUCUGUUGAACAACUCUCUGGUGAGAUGGUGGCAAAGAUCAAGAGAAUACGAAGGGAGAUGAUAAAGUGUGGUGURGUACAUCUGGCUUUGCUCACUCAUGUGGAUAGCAUGGAUCUGAUUACAGUAGGUGACUUCCCAGACAUCUAUAGCUGUGUGCCUGUGAAACUCAAGCUAGAGACAGUCCAAAGAAAACUUGGAUUUGCUCUUUCUGACAUCUUGGUGGUCAGCAAUUAUGUCUCUGAGUGGGAGCUGAACCCUCUGAAGGAUAUUCUGAUCCUCUCUGCACUGAGACAGAUGCUGUGGGCUGCAGAUGACUUCUUAGAGGAUUUGCCUCUUGAAUAAACAGUGCCCAGAAGUGAAUUAUCAAGUAUGCAAAGAAAAAUAUAAAUAUGUGAAUCUUACACAAAUUGAAAAUUUUGCCACAUCAUGAAAGAUUAAAACUGAGAAAGGAGAAAACAGGGAAGAGAGAAGUAGCUGAGAGUAAAAGGGUGGAUUCUAUUUAUUUCUAGGAUUAAUAGUAUCUGCAAAAUCAUAGUCUCUGCAAUAACUAGGAACAGCAAAAUUUUAUCAUUAAUUGUGAA